GCUUUAAUUAUCAUUGACCGCUGCGACUUACUGACAAUAAGAUUCAUUUAUUGCGAAAACUGUUAUCAUGUUAAUACGAUGGAAUGUGAUCGGACUGCUGGUGGUGUAUUGCUGUACAACCGUUUACGCUAACAAAACCGUACAAUUGCCAACGCGAGAGCAUAGGGGAACUUGGAUCGCAACGGUCUACAAUAUCGAUUGGCCUCUGUCGCCAACAGCGUCUGUAACCGUACAGCAAGACCAAUUGAAGUACCUGAUAGCACAAAUCAGUCGGGCUGGACUGAAUGCCGUAUAUUUCCAGGUACGACCCGCCGGUGAUGCCCUCUAUCAAUCAAACAUAGAACCAUGGAGUCGAUUCUUAACGGGACAAAACGGAAGGGCGCCUUCCCCCGUAUGGGAUCCAUUACAAUUUCUAAUCAGCAUAUGCCAUCCACUCGGCAUCGAGGUUCAUGCUUGGAUCAAUCCGUAUCGUGCAAAUUUAUCUCCAACAUCUACCGACCUGGCGCCGAACCAUAUGGCCCGAGUGUAUCCCCAAUAUGCGUACGUGUACAACACAUUAUUGUGGAUGGAUCCCGGGGCGGCAGUCGUUCAAGACCGGACCGCUCAGGUUGCAUUGGAUUUGGUUCGGCGGUACGAUUUGGACGGAUUGCAUAUGGACGACUAUUUUUACCCGUAUCCAGUGGCUGGUUGGACUUUCCCGGACGACAAUACCUAUGCAGCGUAUAGGGCCGGCGGUGGUACAAUGGCCAAAGAUGACUGGCGACGGAAUAAUGUUAACACACUCGUCCGACGACUGAAUACUGAGAUUCAUGCCAUUAAGCCCUGGGUCAAAUUUUCCGUGUCACCAUUUGGUAUCUAUCGUCCCGGGCAUCCUGAUGGUAUGCCACCACCAAUUGCUGGCUUCGAUCAAUUCUCACAAAUUUUCUGCGAUCCAAAGCUGUGGAUGCAACAAGGAUGGGUCGACAUGAUACAACCGCAAUUAUACUGGCGAAUUGAUCCGCCAGCCCAAAGCUAUCCGCUGCUGUUGAAUUGGUGGGUGGCCGCAACUCAAAAUCCAUUAGUUCGUCCGGUGAUGGCGGGAAAUUAUUUGACUAGAGUUGACACGGAUGCCUGGCCAUUGGAUGAAAUUCGGCGACAGGUUGAAAUUUCGCGUGAGCCAGCGAAUCGGGUACGAGGUUCAUGGGGCAAUGUAAUGUACAGUGCAAAAAUGUUCCGCGACAACAUACAAGGAACGGUAGACUUCUUCGCCAAUUACAUUUACUCACAACCGGCAUUGCAGCCGUCCUUCGACUGGCUCUAUGCAAACAUAUCUAUCGCUGCGAUUCCCCGGCCAAAAGUUAAUAUCACAUCGGACCAAAAGUUUUACGUUAGGAAUUUGGAUACGGCCACCGAAUCGACCCUUCUAAUCAAACAAAUUGCCAUUUAUAAGCUAAAGGGUAGCGGUUGGGUGCUUAUCAAGUUAUUGCCUAUGGGAGGUAGUGGAACAAAUUGGAAUGUUGGACUGGAAUUGGAAAAAGGAUAUUAUGCUGCGACACUGGUCGAUCGAUUUGAGCGCGAGGGUAUGAAAAGUUAUUUUGAAAUAAUUUAAAUUUUGUAUUUUUGUCUAAUUAAACCUCAAGAACAUGCGGAUUCCUAGGACUUUGGGAACUACCGGAA